AGAGAGAGAUACUCACACACACACACACACACACACACACACACACAGAGAAGGAAGAGCAGGGAGAGCGCUCCAGCGUCUGGCUCGGAUUAUUUCUGCUGCCUCUGCCAGCUCGCGGGGAAUACUUUUUAAAUGGCACGCGCUAGCACUCGCCCAGAUCGGAGCUACUGCUCGGUGGAGCGCGCAUCGCCCGCGCGCAGCGCCGCGUCUGGCCGGCCGUGAUGCCCGCGCGCUGCUGAGAGCGCUGGACACAUGCGUCUCCGUUUUUCCGCUUGUCCGCCGUAACCGAGGAUAAUAAUCUCCUGCCAUGCCCGCCACAACCGCCAUGCAUGCGGGCUACAAGCCUAAUGCUCCUCUCCGGAGCCCCGCCGGAUCCGCAGCCGGCACGGGCAGCACGAGCUCGGCGGACGGCGCUCGCACUUCCUCGCGGCUCUACUGCGCCUUCAUCAUCCUGCUCCUCAUCCUCACGCCGCGCGUGGACUCGUCCUGGUGGUACAUCGGCGCUUUGGGUGCACGAGUGAUAUGUGAUAACGUCCCUGGCCUGGUGAAUAAGCAGAGACAGCUGUGCCAGAAGUAUCCAGAUGUGAUGCAGUCCAUCAGUGAGGGGGGUAAGGAGUGGAUCCGCGAGUGCCAGCACCAGUUCAGACACCACCGCUGGAACUGCAGCACACUCGACCGUGACCACACCGUCUUUGGAAGAGUCAUGCAGCGCAGCAGUCGGGAGGCGGCUUUUGUAUAUGCAAUCUCCUCUGCAGGCGUUGUUUAUGCCAUCACCCGUGCCUGCAGCCAAGGCGAGCUGAAGACAUGCAACUGUGACCCCCACAAGCGCGGUAAAGCGCGGGACGAGCGAGGCGAGUUCGACUGGGGUGGCUGCAGUGACAACAUCAACUAUGGGAUAAAGUUCGCCAAAGCCUUUAUAGAUGCGAAAGAGCGGACAGUGAAGGAUGCACGAGCGUUAGUGAACCUUCAUAACAACCGUUGUGGAAGAAUGUCAGUGAAGCGCUUCAUGAAGCUGGAGUGUAAGUGUCAUGGUGUCAGUGGCUCCUGCACGUUGAGGACUUGCUGGUUGGCGAUGUCUGAUUUUCGGAAGACUGGAGAUUACCUCCGCAAAAAAUACAAUGGUGCCAUCGAAGUCACUGUCAACCAGGAUGGAACAGGAUUCACAGUGGCUAACAAGGACUUCAGGAACGCCACAAAAAAUGACCUGGUGUACUUUGAGAACUCGCCUGACUAUUGUUUAAUGGAUAAAGCUGCAGGUUCGUUGGGCACAGCUGGUCGCGUCUGUAACAAAUCAUCUCGAGGGACAGAUGGAUGUGAGGUGAUGUGCUGUGGGCGGGGCUACGAUACGACACGCGUGAAACGCAUCACAAAGUGCGAGUGUAAGUUUAAGUGGUGCUGUGCCGUUGAAUGUAAGGAUUGUGAAGAGGCGGUCGACAUACACACCUGCAAAGCCCCAAAACGAGCCGAAUGGCUGGACCAGACCUGAGGCCUGACCGCCAGGUGCCUCGUCAAAUGCUCUUCCUGAAGAUCUCCUGUGAACAAUGGCAUUCUGGGAUAUGAAGUCCAUCCCUCAUGGCUCCUCUCCCUGAUCCUUAUUCCUUGUUGCAUGGCUUUAUUGUAACUGUCUCUGUGAAAGCACUACAACAACAAAAAAAAAAAAGAAAAAAACUGCAUUUCCCAUGAGCGCCUUGCACACUAUGCCCAA